CAAACAAAAAACGCAAAGAAUAGAACAGAAUAACGAUGACGACAGCGAACGGUAUAAUUCACUGAGAGACUUCUUUUUAUUUGCAAUACGAGACGGGUUUCGGCUCAGUAGUGUCUUAGCUCUCGUCUCGUCGACUACAAAUCGCGAAAAAAAAAUGUUUGCAAAAUACUUGACUUCUUCACUUUUUGUGAUUAUCUCAUUAGUGAGUUGUGUUUGCGUAUCAUCAGCUGACUCCGUGGUCAAGUUCAAAGACAAUCACAACUCCGUGUAUUUCUAUUCGCUCAAACGAAAUGCUUACAAUCCGGCAAAAAAUACGUCCGAAAUUUGUUCGUGCGACAUUGAAUUGCAAAAAUUCCCCGGAGAUGCUUCCAAAAUAGUCGCAAAUCUCACAAUUAUCGAGCAAAUCUUCCAUCAAAUCAAUCGUCCGGGCACCACGGAACGCGAAUUGCAACAAAUCCAGAUGCCUUUUAUUGUGGGCCUCACGCCAAAUGGCGACUUGAACAGCAUUACGACGGAACAGGAUGAAACGUAUCGCGCACUCGAGAUCAAAAAUCAAGUCGUGCAAACGUUGAUGCUCAAUCGGACGCUGUACAAGGGCUUCGUGGAUGGCACUGAGAACGAUUUCUUAAUUGAAGUGGACUUGAGUACGCAUUUGCCGUUGUCGCUGUGUAACGCGAGUGUUCAUGUCGAUCGGUCCGUGCCGACGGAAUACAAAGUGCGGUUGUACGUGAAUGCCGAAAGUUGCUGGGAAUUGGUUGUGGGAAACGUGAAAUUGACAAAUAAUAGCAAGUAUGAGGUUGUGACGACGUUCGACCGAGACUCGUUGACGUUGAAGGAGUUGAAAGAGAAUACGGCAAUUGAGGUUGAAGUGAGUGAUGGUCGUCGGGGAUUGUCAACGUAUGAGUUUUACUUGAAGUUUAAGGAAUUUGUUGCGCCUCACAAACAUAAUACGGAUAAAUUAACGGAAUUCCAUGGCCAAGAAAAAUUGGACAACAUCGUCUUGUAUUAACCAUUCAUAAAAUUGUAUUAAAAAAAUAUAUU